UAUAUACACCACUAACAAAGUCAUCACUUUCAUAGCACUCAAAAACUUAUCUCACCAUUGCAAUCCUCUUCCUUUCUCACCAUAUUCUAAAAGCUAGCAUCUUCAUCACCCACCAUUCAUGGCAGCUUCAACCUUGUCUUUCAGAACCAUCUCCCCUAAUUCUUUGAAACCUGCUACUAUCUUCACAAGAUCAUCAUCACUCGCCACUUCGAACACCACAUCCCUCUUACACUGUACUUCCUCACACUCAUCUCUCUCAAAAUCUCUCAAACUCAACACCUCUUCCCAGCACUCUCACCUCUCACUCCCCCACAAGAGUUUCACUUGUAGAAGCCAGGCUCAACAAAUAUCUGACUCAGCCAACGUCCAAGAACUAAGAGUGUAUGAGAUCAAUGAGAGAGAUCGUGGAAGCCCUGCUUACCUCAGAUUGAGCCAGAAAACUACCAAUUCUCUUGGUGAUCUAGUCCCCUUCAGCAACAAGUUGUACUCCGGAUGCUUGCAAAAGAGGGUGGGGAUAACAGCAGGAAUCUGUGUUUUGAUCCAAAACAAAGCAGAGAAGAAAGGAGACAUGUACGAGGCAAUCUACAGCUUCUACUUUGGGGACUACGGUCACAUUUCAGUGCAGGGUUCUUACCUGACCUAUCAGGACUCAUAUCUUGCUGUCACUGGUGGAACUGGCAUCUUUGAAGGGGUGCAUGGUCAAGUAAAGUGUCAACAACUUGUCUUCCCCUUCAAACUGUUCUACACUUUCUACCUUAAGGGCAUCAAAGACUUGCCUCAGGAGCUUCUUUCCGAGUAUGUUCAGCCCGGGCCUGCUGUUGAGCCCAGCGACGCUGCCAAGGCCUGUGAACCACAUGCUGUUAUUUCUGGUUUCCAAGACUGAGCACCAUUCAAGACCCUAUGUUUCUUUCACUACCCUAACAAUCUCAGUCUACACUAAUUUCAAAUUUCACUUUAGAUUGGGUUAACUCUUUCGUAAUCAAAGGAAUAAACAUGGAUUCAAUUUUUUGUAAUGGAAAGAGAUAUGUGUGGCUGGUGUUGUUGGAGUGUGGGAAGAAUAGACCAGUAAAAAAAUCAACAUUCUUUUGUUUUACUCUGUAGAUGUCAGAAAAUGAUAUUUUACUAUAUAUUAUGUUGUGCUUGUUAA